AUGGCCAAGUCAUGUGUCAAAGCNAAAUCCUUUUUUGGAGCAUGUCAAUGCAUAUANACGGUAUUCUCUAAUUCAACAAAAAGGUGGAAUGUGUUACUUGAUUAUAUUGAUGGUUUAACUUUGAAAUCAUUGUCAACUACACGCUGGGAAAGUCACAUAGAAAGUGUUAAAGCAAUAAAAUCUCAAGCUUCUAAAAUCAGAGAAGCUUUAUUUAAAUUAGCUGAAAUUAGUGAAGAUGCUAAAUUGAGUAGGGAUGCUGAAAGUUUAGCAUCAGGAGAGCUUUCAAGUUUCGAGUUUAUAUUAAGCUUGGUUAUUUGGUAUGACAUUUUGCACAAGAUUAACUUAGUUAGUAAAAAAUUACAAUCUGAAGACAUGCGUCUUGAUGUUGCUGUAAGACAAUUAGAAGGACUCGUUUCAUUUUUUGAAAACUAUAGGAUAAAUGGGUUUACUUCUGCCAUGAUUGAUGCUAAAGUAAUUGCAUUAGAUAUGGAAAUUGAGCCUAUAUUUCUUAAAAAACGUCAAACCUGUAGAAAGAGACAUUUUGAUGAGAUUUCCAAUAAUGAGAGGGAACAACAAUCAUCUGAAGAAUCCUUUAGAACUGAUUACUUUCUUGUCAUAGUGGAUAUUGCUCUUGGUGAAUUGAAAAGUAGGUUUGAACAAUUGCAUAUCUUUGAAUCUAUUUUUGGGUUCUUAUUUGAUGCUGCAAAAUUGACUUCUUUGGAUGAAAAUGAAUUGAGAAGCUCUUGUUUGAAUCUUGAAAAUGCUUUAAAAAAUGACAAUGAUACUGAUAUUGAUGCAAGAGAUUUAGAGUCAGAAUUACAGGUGUUGCAAGUGAUGUUACCAAGUGAAGCAAUUGAAACAGAUAAACCAUCGACAUCCAUUAAAAUUCUAGAAUUUGUAAAGAGUGUGGAUAUGUUUCCAAAUGUAAUGGUUGCUUAUAGGAUAUUACUGACUAUACCUGUGACUGUGGCAUCUGCUGAAAGAAGUUUUUCUAAAUUAAAAUUAUUAAAAUCUUAUUUGCGGACCACCAUGGCUCAAGAUAGGCUAAAUGGACUAGCUAUAUUAUGCAUUGAAAGAGAUAUGUUGGAAAACAUUAAAUAUGAUAGUAUAAUUGAUGAUUUUGCUUCUAAAACUGCAACAAGAAGACAUUUUAAGUGA